AUGGCAUAUUAUCUCGUUCUAGGUAAAGUUCCCGCUAAAGAGGAACUUGAUUAUGUUGAGUUCGAUUCCUCACAACGCGUUAUGAUACUCAGGAAUACUAUAUAUGAGAUGAAGAAGAACACCCUUUCCAGUAUUGACAGAAGCGAUCUCAAAUUAUGGAAAGUCGAUAUUCCUUUCGACUGUGAAAACGAUAAGCUGAAGAUGCUUGAUAACGCGUUUGGUACAAUUAACAUUGAAAAAGAUCUUAAAGGAGAGAAAAUGUUACCAGGAGACGAAAUUUCAAAAUAUUUAAAAAACUUACCAACAUCCUCAAUCCACAUCCUCGUGCAACCGCCCCAGCCCGCCACCACUGGGAAGAGACAAUUGGAUUUGGAUUAUUGUGAUGAAGAAAGUGGAACUCGAAAAAAAGGGAAAUCAACAUAUCCCGAAGAAUCAGAUGAAGGACGAGACAAUCUUAUGGUUAUAUCACCAGAUAGAUUAAAGUCGAUCGUUGAUUUUGUGCAAAAGCAUCAGAUUGUAAUUUUGCGUAGUCCGCCAUCUUCAGGAAAAAGUACUGUCGACGAAAUAUAUAAUAGUAACAAAUUUGAUAAUUACUGGAAGAAGAUGAUUGGUCGUAGCUGGACAGAAAUUAGCGAGUGUAAAGAGGAAAUUUAUGUUAUCAUUGAUGAAAUACAGGUUAUCUAUGGUAAUGGUGCACCAUUCUUUUGGGGCUCAUUAAAGACUAUUUUGUCAAGUGAAUCAAAUACUCGAGAUAUUCAUAUUGUUUUACUUGGUGUAUAUCAUCCAAAUGUUGAAACUAUAUCAACACCUCUUGAUCUCCAUUAUACACUUAGUCUAAGUGUCCUGCUUCUAACGUGGGAAGAAUUCUCGCAACUUGUAACAAAAUUUAUUCAGAGGCAUGUUACUUUGGGAAGCAUGAACUUUAUCAUUCCUGACCCUGUUCGAAGGGCAUUAUAUAAUCUAACUGCUGGACAUGUUGGUUUGUGCCGGUUUGUUUUAAGAGUAUUACGCGAUCAAUUUCGUGAAAAUGGAAAAACAGUGGAAAUGCUACAAUAUCUUGCUUCCACCCUUUUGUUUAAUGGUAUGAUUGGAUGUGCCCGCGCUUUUUAUUGGACCCGUGAUUGGAAAGUGAAUAAGCCAGAAGCAGAAUUUAUUCGCAGUAAGUUAUUACAACCAAACACUCCCUUUUCUGGUAGCUUAUUAGAUCCUGUUAUUAAGAAAUUUAUUAAAAUGGGCCUCAUAACUACAAUUAACACUAAUGAUGAACGAUUAACAUUUUCUGCUCCCAUAAUGCGAUCUGUUUUAAGCAACUAUUUGUUCAAAGCACCUUUGAAUGUUAAUCAAUCACCUUCAAGCACAUUUGAUGAGUUUUUGUUACGAACCAUUGAGCGGAUGAGCUCAUCUACUUUAAAAGAAUCGCUUGGAAAAGGGUCAUAUUUAUACGAAAGAACUUGGCAAAUGGAAUGGUUCCGUACUGCUAAAACGGUAAUUCCUGAGAAUGCAUCAGUGAGUUCUGAUGUUGGUGGAUCAUUUGGUUCAGUAGGAUUUCUUGAUUUUUAUGUAGAUAAUGGACAUUGCUGGGGGGUUGAACUGACCCGUGAGGGUGAGAAGUUGAAAGAGCAUGCUAAAAGAUUUGAAAGUGACGGUAUAUACGCUGAAAUUCCACUUAAGCAAUGGGCGAUUCUUGAUUUCCGGCGUAAUACAAAACAAGUAAUAAUGCCUAAAAAAAACUUUUGGUAUGUACUCUAUUCGGAUGAUUACAAAACAGUUAUUAUCAAACGUAAAGAUUGUGAUGACAUAAAGUUAAAUUUGUAA